UUUCUGUGGCCCUAAAAGCAGGAACUGGAAAUCAGAGCACCUGAUGCUUUCUGGUUUUGGAUUUUCUUGUAACUGUGUCACAAAUUAAAGUUUUGUCUCUGUCCUGAAGCAUGGUCUGCGCUAGGACCCAAGAGCUGUCCAUACAUCUAUUCCCUAUGUGUGGGCAGGACCACUGUCUGCUCUUGUGUAGUUGCUUUCCAGAUUCUGCCUGUGUGUUUUUAUGAUGCCCACAUCUGCCUCAGAGAGGAGGUCUUGGAGACAAGGUAAUACUGGUUCUGAGGAUUUGAGGAUGAAGGGAUUACAAGCAUGUCACUUAUUUUUUGAGGGAAAUUGUAGGUGAACUGGAAAGAACAGUGUGGAAUCACAUUAAUGGACUGAAGAGUCUUGUCAGGAAAAGCUUUUAUCUUUCAUUACUCACUUUUUCUGCAUGACUCUAUAAAAUAAGAUCACUGAUGGGGUGGGGAAUGCAAACAGAGAAUAGAGCAGGGUGGAUUCUUCAUUAAUACUUAAUAUGACUUGGAAUAUUAUCUGUUGGCUUAAGGGAUUUAUGGACACCUUUUUUUCUUGUUUUCAAAGUAGAAUCAUGCCUUUGUUUAUUAAUUGAAAGCUAUAAAAAUGUUUUUCCCCAUGUCUUUCUCCUCAAAAAGGAGGGCUGUUGAUUGGUUCAAGGUGAAGAACAGGAGACUUAGAGGCAAUCUGAUCUGUAAUCUCACUGCUUUGUUUAACUAUCUGUGGCGCUUCAGUUUUGGGUGGCUAGUUUUACAAAAUAAAAGCAAACAAAAAAAGGCAUGGUUUUUGGGCAGAUUUUUCUCCAAUAAACGCCUACCUAAUUUGAUCUAACUCCAGUAAAGUUAUUUAAAGCUUGGCUUGAGGAACUGCCCAGUCUAUAUGUUCAUGAAUCACCGUGAAAGAGCUUAUUCAAGUGCAUUUAAAGUAUGUGCACUGACGUUAAGGAUGGCUUCUUUCCAUGGGCAGUUGUUUUUACUGGUAGAAACCUGCAUUUUACUGGUUGGUAAAGCCAGGGGUUGGAAUUGCGAUUACUUCGUGUCCAAGUGUCUGUGUUGGUGAGUGUGUGAGGCAUGGGGUGAUACUAAUGAGACCUGUUAAAUUAUUUACAUGAAUUAUUGAAUGCGGUAUAAAAUACCUUCUACUGUUAAUAGCACUAAUUAGACCACCAACUUAUUGCAUCCAUUAUCAUAAGUAUCCUAUAGGUCAAAUCAGACCAAUUGUUUCAGCUACCACAGGCACUGUUGUAGCUAAAUUCGGCUUAAAACGGCUUUCAAGUUUGUUCUUUUUUGGGGUUUUUUCAUCAUUUUUUUCCUUCACUUUUGCUGUUUAUCAAAAGUGUCUGAAUGCCUUAAGUGAAUUCUGCAUUGUUUGUUACUGCCCCUGCUCAUCUUACACAUGCAGGAGAAUGUUCUUGUUUAUAUUUAAUUCCUGAAAUAUAAAUAUUUCCAAAUAAAACUCUAGAACAUCCUAGGGAAAAUUGUCUGAAAGGCAUUGUUGACAAGAUAGGUAAGAUAGGCUUCAGUCUCUGUUGUGUUGCUAUUGGAGAUAUGAGAGUAUUAAAGUCUGCCAAAACAUAAUAUUUACUUCAAAAGCAAAAUUCUCCAAUGUUUGUUCGCCUUUCAUGCAUUUUCAUAUCUCCUUUUUAUUUUUUUUUUCUCUCUCUCUCCUGGAUCUCUGUUUUUCACUAUGUUUUUUUUGGGUUUGGUUUGGUUUGAUUAUUCCAACUGACUUUCAUGUGGGUAUGCAGAAAGCAUUCAUCCUUUGAAACAUCUUGUUGGAAGUUUGAGAAUUGGUAUCCUGGUUUCAAUCAUGACAAUUGUUUAUUGGAGUAGAGAUGAAGGAUGGGAAAUUUUAAUACAAAGGGCAAUUCUUUGAGGGAAUUUUUUAGAGAAGUACUCCUGCACACUGUGUUCAUGGUGACAGUCUGUGACUCACUGAGAAAACUUCUGGCAUUUCUGCCAGCUGUGAUUUCUUAGGAUUUUAAAGGAGGUGAUGACUGAAUUAUAAAUAGACCAUAGGUUCCAUUUGUACAUUUCAAAGCUACAUCUAGAGUUUCCCUUCCCACAGAAGGUGUGUGUGCUUUUUUGGCCCCUGGAUUGGUUCUGGCUAUUCUAUUUUUCCAAAAGGGCAGCUGAUUUAGACUCCAGGCACACAGACACACCAAAGUCCUUGUAGUGAGGUACUCACUUGGUGUCUUGUUCCUGUACAGCACACGUGGACUCCAGUUCAGUCCUUCACUCCCUUAUGUCUGCUGUUUCCACUGGAAACUUUCCCGACUGCCAAAAUCAUUGCAGUGUCACGUGAGAGACCAGUGAAAUAGAAGAAAAAUUGUAUGGGAAGUGAUAAAAUCUGUGCCAGAAAUUACAGUAUUGUUUCUUAUAUUCUGAGUUGCCCAGCCUCUCUCAUACCAGUUCAUUUUAAGGACUUGAUAGAUUUAAGUGUGUCAUUAAAAAUAAAUAGGUAAAUAAAUAUGUACAAGUUUGCUUCUGAAUUAUUUUUCUUUUCAGGGCUGGGUUAUGCAAUUGCCCAUAUGUGCAUUUAAAGUACAUGCAUACAUGUGUGUUUUGCUGCAUUUUCUGCUAAUUAAACCCACUUUUAAAUGUAUGUAUUACCUUGGUGUCAUCUGGGCAUUCUUAGCACAGAAGGGAGCUGAACGAUUUUUUGCAGUUUCCUUCAAGGACACCAGUCUGUCUGUUCAUAGCUCUGCCAGAGGGUGUCCAAAUUACCUACCAGCAUCAGAGCCUGGCAAGUAAUGUUCUGGGUGCCUAAAAAGAGCUGUGAAGCUCUAGUAGCUCAACCACAACACGGAGAGGGCUCUUCCCAGGUUUGCCUUUGAAAUGAAGCACACGUUUUUGUCAUCUCCAGCUCUGGAGAUGCUCAGUGGUGCUUUCCAGCCAGCAAUAAGUGUUCUCAGUCAUUGAUGACUAAUGUUUAGAGACACAGUGUCAGUGGUGUGUAGUACUACUACAGUGGUGUUCAUUCUGGGUGUGCAAGAAGACACUGACCUGUUGCCAUUGAAGUGGCACAGUGGUUUAGAGUGGUGAUGGCUGUCCCACAGGGCUCUGAGUGUAUGAGAAUGGCUUCCUUCUGCAUGAAUUUGCUUGGCUGGAGCAUGAACUAGGUGAGUAUGACCAGCAGUUUAAACUUAAGUGAUGUUUCUGCCUCCUUUGCAGAUUUGGGAAGGCGUUUGAAUCAUUGUCUGGGUGUCGGGGCACAGCCUGCUGGAGGCACUGGAAGUGGACUGGUUCCUGGUCAUGCCCGGUGGAAGGAGGGGCCCCAGCCGGCAGCAGCUAAGCCGUUCAGCUUUGCCUUCUCUCCAGACUCUGGUUGGUGGGAGCUGUGGAAACGGUACUGGUUUAAGAAACAGGAAUGGUAGUGCCAUCAGCCUGUCGGCGCCUCCGAUCACAGCACUGAUUACUCCAGAGCCUGUGCGUCACUGCCGGAUCCCUGAACUGCCAUUGGAUGGGAGCCUUCUCUUUGAAUUCCUGUUCUUCAUCUACCUUCUGGUAGCCCUCUUCAUUCAGUACAUCAACAUCUACAAGACUGUCUGGUGGUACCCAUACAAUCACCCUGCUUCCUGCACCUCACUGAAUUUUCACCUCAUUGACUACCACCUGGCGGCGUUCAUCACGGUGAUGCUGGCACGGAGGCUGGUGUGGGCCAUUAUCUCUGAGGCCUCUCAGGUGGGUGCAACAUCACUGAUGCGCUACAUGGUGCGCCUGGUGCUGCUCACCCUCUGUGGAUGGGUGCUCUGCUGGACUCUGGUCAACCUCUUCCGCAGCCAUUCUGUUCUCAACCUUCUCUUCCUGGGCUACCCGUUUGGUGUCUACGUCCCUCUGUGCUGCUUCCACCAGGACAGCAGAGCACAGCCUCUACCUGCAGACUGUGGUUACUUGGUACAGGACCAGGUGGCAGAUGAUGGGGCUUCAGCUGUCAGCAGCCUGGUCAAAGACUUCUUCUCGCUUCUGUGGGAAUCCCUGAGAGAACAGUUCAAUAAUCCUACGUCUAUCCCCACCCACAGCUGCCCCCUUUCCCCAGAUCUUAUCCGCAAUGAGGUGGAGUGCCUAAAAGCAGACUUCAACCGCAGGAUCAAGGAAGUGCUCUUCAACUCUCUCUUCAGUGCCUACUACGUGGCAUUCCUGCCACUGUGCUUUGUGAAGAGCACCCAGUACUAUGACAUGCGCUGGUCCUGCGAGCACCUCAUCAUGGUGUGGAUCAAUGCCUUUGUCAUGCUCACCACGCAGCUGCUGCCUCCCAAGUACUGUGACCUGCUCCACAGGUCUGCCGCCCACCUCGGCAAGUGGCAGAAAUUAGAACACGGCUCCUACAGCAAUGCUCCACAACACAUCUGGUCAGAAAACACAAUAUGGCCACAGGGAGUUCUGGUGCGACGGAGCCGGUGCCUGUAUAAAGCAGUUGGGCCUUACAACGUAGCAGUGCCUUCAGACGUGUCCCAUGCCCGCUUUUAUUUCCUCUUUCACCGUCCCUUACGGCUGCUCAACCUGCUGAUUCUCAUCGAAGGCAGUGUGGUCUGCUACCAGCUCUACUCCCUGCUGCGCUCAGAGAAGUGGAACCACACCCUCUCCAUGGCCCUCAUCCUCUUCUGCAACUAUUAUGUCUUAUUUAAGCUCCUCCGGGACCGGAUAGUAUUAGGCAGGGCAUACUCCUACCCACUUAACAACUAUGGACUCAAGGCACACUAGGCUGGCCAGACGUGUACCCCUUCUCUUCCUCAUCCCACAGGGCAGGGAGGGAACCUCAGAAAAAAAUAAUUUCGUACAGUUCUAUUUUUUUCUUGCGACGUUUAUAAAUAUUUAAAAUAUUUUAUAUUUUGUAUACUAUUGUUUUUGUGGGGCGGGAAGGGAACCAGUGGCAAUUAAAUGUCGCUUUAUAAACAAGGCGUUAUUUUAUAUAUAUAUAUAUAUAUAUAUAUAUUAAAAAGAAAAUCCAUGUGUAUAUACCAUAUAUCUAUACCCAUACAUAUAUUUGUGUGAAGCAACAGGA